GAAAAAUACAAAGGCGAGAGCCGCAGUGUCCCAAAAUGCCCCUCAAGUCUCAACUCAACCUCUACGCACUCACUCUCUCGCCCACUCCCAUUAACAAAACGCUCAAAAAGUACACUCUUAUUUACCGCAAAAUCGCCAAAAAUUGGUGGAAACUGUGAAAAAUCUCAGUAAUCAUCCUUGCUUCUCGAGCUUGGCAUCCCCGAUUACUGGCCGGAAUACAACACCAUGCAACCGGCGGAGACCAUUUCCCGGCCUCCUCUCGACAAACCGCUCCAACAACUCACUGAAGACGACAUUUCUCAGCUCACUCGCGAAGAUUGCCGACGAUACCUCAAAGAGAAAGGUAUGAGACGGCCGUCGUGGAACAAAUCGCAAGCAAUUCAGCAAGUGAUCUCUCUCAAAACGCUUCUUGAAACGACGCCGGAUUGGAAUGGCAACGAACCUCGAAGAAGACUCUACAUUCCCCGCCCGGAUAAUCCUAAUCGCGCCCCUGCAACUUCCCCUGUUUCCUUGAAGGAAACGAGCGCCGACACUCGGAUCACCCCGUCGCCUGAGGAACUGGUUCCGUACAGGCGACUUGAUCCUCCAAAGCAUGAUGUUCCCGGUGAUCCUUCGGUCCAUCACUUAGCCAAGGAGAACGACUCGGUUUCCCCUAGGUUGUGCCUUGAUUUCUUUCUUAGUUAAUGUUAUUGGAUUGGCGGCCUUAUUAUCAUCAAUAUUUAUUUAAUAUUGUGCAUUUAAAGGAGGUGCUUGCAGAUGUAUCAGCCAUUUUUUUUUUUUUUAAGGAAAAAUUGUGUGUGUGGGGAAGCAGAGAGCAUGGAGUAGCCCAGCUUUUGUAAGAUUAUUUAGGCCAUUUAGUUUUCCUCCCUUAUUUUGGCCCUUAGUCAUCUCUUUAUGGAUAGACUUAGUUGACUUGAGUCAAGUUUGUAAUGAGGACGAUUGCGUCAGCGUUUUAAUAAUACCCUUGUGUCUGGAAUUUGAACGGCAUGUUCUUGCUGGGGUGUUCAAACUUCAAAGGAAAGAGGUUUGGGUUUGGGUAGCAGCUACUGUUGUCUUGGUCAACAAAGACGGUCUUUGACUUGUCUAGGAUUGCAGUUGAUAUACCCUUGGCGAUAUUUGAGAAAGGUCUUUAUCUUUAUUA